CCGCUGCGGCCCGGUGAGCCUCAGCCACGGGCGCUGCCUCUAAUGAGCCUGCCCGCCCCCGGCCUCGCGGCUCCGGGACGAUGUGGGUCCUCGGCAUCGCGGCAACUUUUUGCGGAUUGUUCUUGCUUCCAGGCUUUGCGCUGCAAAUCCAGUGCUACCAGUGUGAAGAAUUCCAGCUGAACAACGACUGCUCCUCCCCCGAGUUCAUCGUAAAUUGCACGGUGAACGUCCAAGACAUGUGUCAGAAAGAAGUGAUGGAGCAAAGCGCCGGGAUCAUGUACCGCAAGUCGUGCGCGUCCUCAGCGGCCUGCCUCAUCGCCUCCGCCGGGUACCAGUCCUUCUGCUCGCCGGGGAAACUGAACUCAGUGUGCAUAAGUUGCUGUAACACCCCUCUCUGCAACGGGCCCAGGCCCAGGAAGAGGGGCAGCUCCGCCUCCGCGCUCAGGCCGGGGCUCCUCGCCACCGCCCUGCUCCUCCAGCUAGCCCUCUUCCUGGCGCACUGCUGAAGCCGAAAGCGACGCGCCGCCUGCACCCCGCAGACCCUCGCUCCCCCACCUCCCCACGUUUUCUCUGGGUGUCCUUUUAUUCUGGGCAGGGUGGGGAGUGUGGAUUCUCCGUUUGUUCCUGUGCAAAUGCUGAGAGGUCCUUGUUGCACCCUUUUUGUAAGCUCUGAAUAAAUUCAGUCUGAAUUCUCA